UGACUUUCACUGGGUUGUGUAAAAUUGGUGGAUUGCCCCUUUAAGACAGAAACGUCAACCUGUCCUUUAACAGCUUUAAUCAGUCAUUAAGAGUAAAGUAGUGUGACUCGGAGUCGGGCUGACAGUCUGGGUGUCUCAGCCUCACCUGACUAUUUUCAAAAUCCUUUCUUAACGUGUGCAAUUCCCUGAACUUGAUGAAAGUUCAGUAACUGUUGGAGUGCUUCUUUAAUUAAAGAGCAAUGUCAUCUGAUUGACAGGCGUCUCUACCUACUGUAGCCCUCUGCAGUCAGCCUGAUGGUCAUGUCCUCAAAACCAUCAGGGUUGUCUCACUUCCUGUCCAUGUGUGUGGCUGAGAUCAGAACCUGAGUCUGAGCAAAUAACUGAUGUAUAGCAGAGCAGCUGGCUCGUUGCUCGAUGACAGCUUGAUCACUGCAGAUUUAUCUGAAAUCAUCCGCAGUAAAUCAACUUCCCGUGGACGGAGUGGAGGGGUCUCUGUAGGCGGGCUCAGUGAUCUUGGUGUCCGUUAGAGGGCGGCACCGAGGCGCCGCGGGGCGGCGUCGAGUCAGUCCGAGGCAGGCUGGAGUGCCGCUGAGCAGGGCAGCGCACACAGACACUAAGCAGGGCUGGUGAAAGGAAGGAAGGCAGCCUCAUGCCGCCGGGGUUUACCGGGCAUUAAACAUUAGACAUCCAGCGCUGCGCGGCGGACCGUGUCGGUCCUGGGAGGAGAAUUAAUUCACAGCAAAAUGCAUCUUUCGGGGAUCUGGAUGCUGAUGGCGGCUCUGCAGUUUGUUGUUCUGAGUGGAGCGGCUGAGAGGUCGUUGUCAGGCAAGCAGGGGUUGUUGCCAUGCAGGAGAGGAUUUACACAGGGGGAGUACAUCAUCGAAGUGGACCAGGAGCUGGUAAAGGGACAGGCUGUCUUCAAUGUGAGCUUCAUGGACUGCAGUGGUGGGAAGGUAUGGUUUGAGGUUGGAGAUCCCAGUGACUUCAGGGUGAGUGAGGAUGGGGUAGUUUACGUCCUGCGGUGCCUCAGCCUCACAGGAAAGCAAAAAGCCACAGUGGUGGUUUAUGCUGGAGACCUGCUGUCCAAAGAGGUCUGGAAGACCAGAGUGCACCUCCACAUCCGUUCUGGCAACAGCACAGGACCUGAGCAGGUAAAGCCCAGUGAUGCAACACUGACUCAGCAGGUACCAGAGAUCUUGUUUCCAUGGCGUAGUGUGGUUGUCAGGGGUGAUGGCACUCUGAGGCGGGUGAAAAGGGACUGGGUCAUUCCGCCUAUCAACGUCCCUGAGAACUCACGAGGACAGUUCCCCGAGGACCUAGUCCGAAUCCGCUCAGACCGGGACAAGAACCGAAUGCUGCGUUACAGCGUGACAGGUCCUGGGGCUGACCAGCCUCCAAAUGGCAUCUUCAUCAUUAACCCAAUCUCAGGCCAGCUGUCUGUCACCAAGCCUUUGGACAGAGAGCACAUCUCCAAUUUUCAUUUACGAGCUCACGCCGUGGACCUGAACGGGAAUCAGGUGGAGAACCCCAUCGACAUUGUCAUUAAUGUCAUUGACCAGAACGACAAUAGACCAGAGUUCACACACACCAUCUUCAACGGCUCUGUACCUGAGGGAUCCAAGCCUGGCUCCUUUGUGAUGACUGUCACAGCUGUGGACAAAGAUGAUCCAAAAACUGCCAAUGGGAUGCUGCGAUAUAAGAUUCUCUCCCAGAAUCCUCAGAGCCCCUCCUCCAACAUGUUCACCAUUAACAACAAAACGGGUGACAUCAUCACUGUGGCAGCGGGCCUCGACAGGGAGAAAGUCACCCAGUACACCCUGAUCAUCCAGGCUACAGAUAUGGAGGGAAACCCCACGUACGGCCUGUCUAACACUGCCACCACUGUCAUCAGGAUCACUGAUGUUAAUGACAACCCCCCUGAAUUCACCACAGACACAUUCUUUGGGGAGGUCCAUGAGAACAGGGUGAAUGUGAUCGUUGCUAACCUAACAGUGACAGACAAAGACCAGCCUCACACUCCGGCCUGGAGUGCUGUGUAUCGCAUCAUCGAUGGAGACUCCACCGGACGCUUCUCCAUCCCUACUGACCCCACUACCAACGAGGGCCUGCUCACUGUGGUCAAGCCAGUGGAUUUUGAGCUGACCCGUUCCUUCAUGCUGACAGUGGAGGCGGUGAAUGAGGUUCCGCUGGCCCGAGGCAUCCAUCUGCCUCGUCAGUCCACAGCAACUGUCUCUGUUCGAAUCCUGGACAUCAAUGAGAGUCCAGAGUUCAGCCCCAACCCCAAGCCCAUCAAACUGGAGGAGGGUCUACCUGCAGGGUCUCUGCUCACCACCUUCACUGCCCAGGACCCUGACCGCUUCAUGAGACAGACAGUCCGGUACUCCAAGAUGUAUGACCCCGCCAACUGGCUGGAGAUUGACCCGGUUAACGGUCGGAUUUCCACCAUCGCCAUCCUUGACCGAGAGUCUCCCUACGUCAAGAACAACCUGUACAAUGUUACCUUCAUGGCUUCUGAUAAUGGUAUUCCACCUGCCAGUGGGACAGGCACCCUUCAGAUGUAUCUGCUGGACAUUAAUGACAAUGCACCUCACGUGUUCCCCCCUGAGGUAGAAAUGUGUGAGAAGCCAGAUCCCAAUGCCGUUAACAUCACAGCCAGUGACCCUGACCUGACCCCUAACGCUGGACCCUUUGCCUUUGAGCUGGCCAAUCGUCCAUCAGAUGUACGCCGCAACUGGACACUCAGUCGUGUCAAUGGUGAGUAUGCUCAGCUUCGACUGCAGAUCAGCUCCUUGGCCAGCGGGAUCUAUGAGGUUCCGAUCAUGAUCACAGACUCUGGCAACCUCCCGAUGUCCAACACAUCCUACCUGAAGGUAAAGGUCUGUCAGUGUGAUCACCAUGGGAACUGUGUGGACAUGGAGCGAAUCAUUGCCGCAGGACUGGGCACUGGAGCCAUCAUUGCCAUCCUCAUCUGUAUCAUCAUACUGCUAG